UUAAUAUAUAUAUAAAUAUGGAGGGCAAAAGGGAGUUUGAAAGCCUCGCCCCAUAAGCUUCUCUCCCUACCUCUACCCUGCUAUUUGCAGGUAGAGGCUUCCGCAGAAAAACGCAAUACACACCACUUACUGUGUGUAACGGAAAAGAGAAACAUACGUUCAAUUUUGGAAAAAUAAUGACGGAAUCCAUGCCGGAAAAUGACUUCAAUGUUGCCUCUGACAAGACAUCCGCCGUCGCCGCCGAUGAUGGCAAGCCGCCGCUGGUCAACGCGGAGAGAAAGAAGAAAAAGAGCGGAGCCUUCGGCAUUUUCCGGGCGGCGCUGCUAAUGCUGCGUAAACGGCCGGGGGAGAAAAAGGCGGCGAAGAAAACGGCAUCCAAACAGAAAAGUACGGCUUCAAACGGCAGUUGGGCGAAGCUAGUUGGAUCUAUGCGCCCCUUGAGUGGCCUGCAGGAAGCCCCUGCGUCGCCGCCGCAUCAGCCGCCGCCCGUCGCCGCCGAAGAUGGGGAAGCAAACCCCCCGCAGAAGCAGGCGUCGGCUGUCGCCGAUGAAGGCGCAAUUGAGGAUGAAGAAACAAUUCCGGCGCAGAAAUCGGCGUCGGCGUCGCCGGAUCCGGCAGAAAUCAGCAGAGAGGAAACAAUAUCGGCGGCGUCUCCGGCGGCAUCUUCUUCAUCUUCAUCAUCAUCAUCAUCAUCUUCAUCACGCGGCACGAUGAGCCAGUACGCGUCGGCGGCGAGCCUUCGAGAUCUGUAUAACAGCAGCGACGAUGAAGACGAAGAAGAAGAAGAAGAUCCAGAUGAGGUGUUCGACGCAAUAACAGGAGAUGAAAUGAUUGACGCAAAGGCCGAGGAAUUCAUUGCUCAAUUUUACAAACAAAUUCAACUCCAAAACACUGCCAAAUCUCACCACCACCAUUAUUACAGGGGAAUUUAAUUUAAUUUAAUUUAUA